ACAUUUUUUUCUCCAUCAGCUGACUGCCCACAAGUUAGCUAGCUGCCAGUUUAUGAACAGCUCAGCACAAACAAACCCUCAACAUGACAUCAACCUGCCAACACUGCCAUUCCGCUCUCACAACCACAGACAGUUCCCAUAUUUAUAGAGAAGCACCAGCUCAUGAUGGGGGUUGUUUUCUAACCCGCUGUCACUGGUAGGAGAAAGAGAGACAGCUAAGCUAACGUGACAGCGAACGUUAGCUAGCCAGCUAGCUCGCUGCUUCUGUUAGCCUGCCGAGCGACAGCGAAAAGCUAACAGGCUAAAUUAGCCGAUGUAAAGGGACACCAUGGAGGGGAUUCUGUACAAAUGGACGAAUUACAUGACAGGCUGGCAGCCACGCUGGUUCGUCUUAGAGAAUGGAGUCAUCUCUUAUUAUGACAGCGAGGACGACGUUGGUAAAGGAAGCAAAGGAUCCAUCAAGAUGUCCGUGUGUGACAUUAAAGUUCAUCCGACAGAUCCAACGCGUCUGGAGUUGAUAAUCCCCGGCGAGCAGCAUUUCUACGUCCGAGCUGUGAACGCUGCAGAGAGACAGAGGUGGCUGGUGGCUUUAGGCUCAUCUAAAGCUGGAACUCUGGACAGCCACAAACACAAAGGUCCUGACUGUCUGAAGACGAAGAUGUCUGAACUUCGUCUCUACUGUGACCUCCUCGUCCAGCAGGUCCAAACGAUCCAAUCACAACAGAGCGACGACACAGAGGCCAUGCCCACCUCAGAGGCCUCUCUCCUCAGUGCAACCUGCGCAACUUUCAUCAGGACUUUGGAGGAGUGUAUGACCCUGGCCAACCAAAGUUUGACCCCUGACCUCCGACCUCCUGAAAGGAUGAAGAGGUCAAUCAGUCAUCCUGGAACAUACAGCUUUGACAGGUCAGGUGUGCUUAAGGAGUACUUGAGUGGAGGUCAAAGGUCAACUCAGCGCAGGAACCGGACAUGCUCCGACAGCUCUGUUUAUGAUACUGAACGUGUGCUGCCCAGUCUCAACGGUGACUCGCCCUCCAUUCCCGAAGAGAGAGGAGGCAGUGUGAGCCAAAAGACCACACCCACUGACACAGACACUGACCUGUCCAUCUGAAGACCUGACCUCCAUCCAAAAACUUGCUGGACUCUGUGAGAGGUCAAGAACACGACAAGAUCAAUAUCAGCGACAGUGACCGCAUCCAUUCGAGAUGUUGACGUCAUCUCCAUGAACCAAGGAUGAAUUGACCGACGUUUGACCUCCCCUGGGUCACUGAAGUCAGCUGAUUGCCAAACACAUGUGCAUUGGAGUCACAAUUAAUUUUACGUUUUUAAGUCUUGUCACUGGAGAGACAGAAAAGACAGCGGGAGAGAUCUCACAGCUGCCCUAAGCUGGACUUGAACCUGAGAUGUUGUGAGUAUAAAGUAUGUGAUGAGAGGAUGCUGCAAUGUCAUCCUCUCAUAUUUCAGCAGGUAGCCACAUUCACACUAUGGACACACUCCAAGAGUUGAUGGUAGCCUUUGAGUUCAGAGGGAUUGUGACCUGGCACAGUAUGAAUAACUGAAUUCUGGACAGUUUAGAUGCCAGGGAUCAUUGUUCACUACUAGAAAUGGACCAGAGAUUGUGCAGGAAAUGUUGAAUUUAAACUAAAAUUCUGCAACCAUGAAAGGAAAUCAUCUCUUCGUGAAGUAUUUUCUGCCUUUUCCACUCACUCAAGAAGACUUUCCUAACUUUUUCUUUCCUUUGAGACUUCCCAAGCAUCUUCUAUAUUCUGUUUCCAGGCCUCCGUAAUUGUGCUUGCCUGCUGAAAGCAAAGGUAAAAAGAAGAACUCCGUCCCUCUUCCUGCCAGCUUCUCGUCUCGUAGUGGUCUGAUAUAGCUGAGGAUGAAACCAGAGUGAUAAACAGCGUCCCUGCAGGUUCCUGGAGCCAAUUAUCUCUGUUAGAGUACACAAAUACAGAGAGGAGAGGAGCUUGGGUCUUCAGAUGCCAAAGUUUGCACAAACGUAAUGAUCUACAUUAAAUGUGCUGUCAUUCUGUUUUCUAGUAAAGCUUCGUCUCCACAGUUCAGCUGGUUAUGCUCAGCCAGAACAAUGUUUUGGUGUUUGAAACUGGGAUGAGAAGAAAGACAACACUCCAGUUUGAUCUGCAGCUCUUUGCUGGAGGAGUUUGCACCUUCUCCUCCUGUUUGUUUCUGCUGCGUGAUCAGGGGCCUCAUUUAUAAAAUUCACUUAUGAUCAAUAUGGAGCUUAAGUAUGACUCACACAGAAAAACACGUUGUUUAUAAAUAACUUACUUUGACGUUGAAACGAUGUCAUCUCUAAGCAAAGUCUAGACAUGAUGCAAAUGAUUUUCCUGCUGGUUAUGUGAGGGUGUUGCAGUUUGGGAUGUAAAUGCACCCAAGCCUGUGGUCAGCUUUACAUUCGCUUUUUGAACAAUGUGAUAGGAUGAUCCCUUAAAGGUGUGAGGAGUUCAUUGCCAGACGCAAGGUGUUUUGAAAUAAAAACCGUUUGCGCUGUUCUAUAAAUAGUGUGUCAAAUUAGAAAGCCCCGGCUGUUCCUCACAAAACCCUCAUAUGUGUAAGCGUUAUAUAAGGGGGAGAUCGCUAAGGCUGGUGCCGUCGCUUUAAAGUUACUUUGAGAUUUAUAGAUCACAGGUGUGGUUGUUACAAAUGCGCUUCUUAGAACCUGCGUAAGCAAGGUUUUUUAUGUGAAUGGAACGUAAGCACACAGUCGGAAAUACUCAAGUUCAACAUUUUUAUAAAUGAGACCCCUGGUGAAGUCUCUAAACUACCGAUAGGUGUGAAUGUGCAAGUUACUGCCUUUUAAUGUUUGUAUUUCUUGAGUGUUUUCUUGCCUUUUGGUGAUGAAUUCCAGCCUAACGUGACCCCGAAAAACAAAAACAGCAACUUAAUAAACACAAAUAGACUAAACACUUAACAACAUUAGGAAACAUACUCACAGACUUGUUUUUUAAAGCAUGUGUUUGUUGAGAAUGUUUCCUUUCUUUGAUGGUGUUUCACUUAUUUGCAGCCGUAGAUUAAGUGCUUAAAUGAAUGAACUGGGUCGAGGAUUGAAGUUCAGCAGAGAGUUCAGAUGAUGCCUUUUGUGCACAUGGUAGUCUUUCUCCGUCAGUCUGAGCAGUAGCUGCACUUUCCUCUGCCAAAGCAAACAACAGAACCUUGUCAAAAGGGGAUUAAUCAGCAUUCACCUCUAAAAUAAAAACAUGUAGGAGUAUCUCAUUUUCCUGGGUUGCCAUAAGACAAAUCAGUCUUCAGGUAAAAAAUGAUAUACCUGGUGGAGGGAGAACAGUUAGCUCACAAAUCCAAAGUGUCGGCUUAAAGUUGUGAAUCGAAUUUCCUGCCAAAAUGACCUCCUAAGCCCGCCCACUGUUGUCUUGUGACACGCUGUGGUGUUCCAACGCAUGCAAAAGACGUCAUCUGAACACAAACAAUCGUGAGGUAAACAAUCAUCCCCAGUGACGAAUAUGGAGUUUCCUGCUAGAAGACUGGACUGACGGGAAACUACAAGAAACUCCUGAUUCUGUUUCUUAUGGAGAGAGAGGUCCUGUGGUAUGCUUUCGACGGUGAACCUUCACCUGUAAAGCCAUCGUAGUGUGUGGCAGCAGCUUAGGGGACAGUUCACUCCUUCACAAAUGUCAGCUUUGGACAAAAACACGUUUGCUAGCGUGACUUUGUAUUUACCUUUAAGACACUUUAAUAUUCUGAUGUUUUCUUGGCCUGGGGAAUUAUGUCUACACAGACUGACCACAGCUGCUUUAAUCUCUCCACCAAUCAGGUAUUUUCACUCCACCUUCAGAGAUUAGACUGCAUCAAAUAAAUUCAGUUGCCCCAAACACGUACAGUAACUCUCCCCAACAUGCAGUGUAUAGGUGUGGUUGUUUUUUGCACUUUAGAGUUAAAAACAAUGUCCUUUUUUGAAUGUUGGUGCUCUGAAAAAAGGAUUCCAGUGACAAAGGUACUGUGGUGGAUAACAGUGAUGAUGAUUGUGAAACUGAUAUUAAUGUUUAAAAAAAAAAAAAACUAUUUUUGUUUCUAGUCAGUCUCUAUAUUUUUAUUUUGAAAGGAUGUUUUGGAGUUUCAGCAGCCUUAUAUGUAACAUUAUGUAAACAUACAGAACUUCCUUCUUGUAUUACCUUUACCAAAAUGUGUGUUCAGUAUUUGUUAGGUAACUGUUUAUCUUCCUGCGUUUUCUUGAACUUCCCUUCACUGUCUCUAAAUACUGUGAGGAUGUCUCUCCAGAGGCCGCCAGCUGUUUCCAGUAAGAGUUCAGUCUGUCAUCAGACAGUUUAGCCACUGCAGUUUUUAAUUUCCCACGCAUGUUGGCUCCAUGUUCAGCUUCUGAUGUCAAAUAAAUUGUGAUUUUAUAAUUAUUUAUAACAGCAUGGUAGUUCUAUAUUUUAUCUUUAAAUGAUGAUUUAUAUUCCUGUUGCCUAUCAGGUAAUUUUAUUCAUGAUGGAAACAUAAGAUGGAUUUAAAGCACCUGCAGGAGCUUGGAAAGCAGUUAAAUCUGUUCCAAAUUAAUUGUUAAACAAAAACAGGUUAUCAAACAAUAUAUAUAAAGAAGAAAAUAUACAAAAGCUCAAGUUUGUGAAUGUUUUCUUGUGUGUUUUGGCAGUUUUAACGGCCUUCAUUAUGAAUUCAUAUUGGACAGACGGUCUCUUUAAAGGACAACAUUUUGGGAAUCAUGCCUAUUCUCUUAGAGUUAGUCUUCGUGUUAGAAGAUUGAUCCCACUCUUAUAUUUGUCUGGUAUUUAAAAGGUAAUCUGUAUGUUUUUUUGUAUGGAUUAAACAAACAAAAUAUAAUGUGUUAGUUAGUGAACUUUGGAUUUUGUAACCUUUGGACAGAAUUAGGCUAGCUGUUUCCCUUUGUUUCUAGUCUUCAUGCUAAGCUAAGCUAAGCUAACCACCUCCUGGCUCUAGGUUAAUAUUUACAGUGGUAUUAAUCUUCUCACCUAAGGAAGUGGAUAAUUUGCCAGAAUGUGAAACUAUUCCUUUAAGGCUUUGGUCAACACAAAUAUCUCUGUUUCUUGUUUAGAGGAUGAAGGAGGAAAAUACCUGAAUUAAACCGCUGAACUACGACUGAAUCAUAUUUUCUUUAUUCUGUGUUUUUUACAGUCUGUCCAGUUUUUUUUGGACAAACCAGUGGAGAGAUUUUCAUGCCUUAAGUGUCUCUGCACGAAGUAACGUGUGUGGUUGUAUGCGACUUUUCAUUGUCUAAACAAAUAAAAAUAUUUUAAACUGAA